ACCCGUGACCUAAAAGAGCGACAAUGCUACGAAUAAAAGUCAAAAGUAUGAGGUGGCUGAGCAAAAGUAUGUGAGUAUGUCUACCAAUCUUAGGUUUUUCUCUUUGUACCUUUUAUUUUACACACAUUAAAAGCAGUACAAGUACAUUUUAAAUGAAGGUAAAACAGGUCAACUGCCUCUGUGAUCCUCUGAAAAUGAAAAAACCAGAACACCUUUUAAAAAGUGAUUGCUGUCAGUGCUGUUCAUACCAGAGGCCAAUUGGCUUUUGUUUCUUUUUCCAAGAAGGAAUAAAAUUCUCGGUAUUUAGCCCGAGGUGCCUCAGUCAGUACUCACCAACGUGGAUGAGGGAGAGCGGUGCAAGGAGGGAUGCAUUGGAUUAUCUAUUGGUAAUGAGAAACAGAACCAUGAAUAUGAAAAUACAACUUCAAAUCUGCCUCCAGGUUUUUCUGAUGCUUUGGUGUCAACAAGUUAUGCAAGAUGUGGCCACAGGCUUAGAUCCAACUUCUAAAACCAGUGACUCAGCUGUCUCAGAUGCAAACCUGAUGUUUGAGAUUUUGCUUGGUGGUGUGGAGCUCAACCAGGACAAUAACAUCAUGCUCCUUGAUGAAGAGAUGGCAUCGAUGAGGGCGGGACGAACGUUCCUGUUCAAGAUCAACGAUAACAUCCCUAGAAACCUGAGAUCCAUGAAGCAGAUGAUGACCACACUGGAGGGACAGAGCGGACCCUUAACUCAGACACAGUUUGAGGGUCUUCUCCUGAGCAUGGUGUUCUCUGCCCACCAGGCCUCACACCAGGAGAUAAGGGAAAAAAAGGAGGUCUGGGGAGGUGUGCUCCUCCAGCUGGUCAAUAUUACGGUUCAUGAACUGCGUGGAAAUUAUCUUGUCAGUUAUGCGGAAUAGACAUAGAGUGUAGUCAGGCAGCGUAUUUCUU